AUGUCGGCCGACUUUUGGGCUGGCUAUCUAAGUGGCGCAGUUGGUAUCAUCAUUGGAAACCCCCUCGAUGUCAUCAAAGUACGACGCCAGGCGCAGCAAGCCAGUCCACCGCCAGUCCUGUCUUCUCCUUCGAGGAUAGCAGGAGAAACUUCCGCCACGAGCCAAGGCACAUCAUUCGGCACUCGUUUUCUCAGAUCAUAUACUUCUUUAGUAACUGGAACUGCGGCGCCAAUUCUCGGCUAUGGUGCCCUCAACGCUUUACUUUUUGUUUCUUACAACCGUACCGAAUCAGCGUUGAACAGUGUGUUCUCAACAUCAGAGAAUCUGUGGAACACAUGGAUUGCUGGCUCUGUGGGUGGUCUUGCAACCUGGAUCGUCAGCACGCCCACCGAGCUCAUCAAGUGUAGAGCUCAACUGGCCUCUCCUCCCAUGUCAAGCUUGGCCAUCGCUAGACAAAUCUGGAGGAAUGAAGGUGUUCGCGGACUCUACUUUGGCGGAGCGGUGACUGCUCUGCGAGACAGUAUCGGAUAUGGCUUUUACUUCUGGUCCUAUGAGCUGAGCACUCGUUGGUUAGCCACAAAAGCUGAGGAGCAAACUUCUUUUCAACAGGAAGCCGCCAAGGUCCUUUUCUGUGGAGGAUUGGCUGGUGUGGUAACGUGGGCCAGUGUCUUUCCUCUCGAUGUUAUCAAGACAAGGGUUCAGGCUCAGACGCUCGGUGGCCCAGUCGAGACAUCACCUCUUUUGCAAACGAGCGGGCCUCUACGGACCUCACGAGCAGGUGCUCUGCAAAUUGCGCAAGAAGCUGUCCGGGCAUUCAUCGUCAAUGCCGUUCAAUGGGCUGUCUAUGAAUGGGUCAUGCUUGAGCUUGGGCAUGGACGCAAACAAGCUGUUUUUAACGACUUUAGAGUAGAAAUGGUAGAGGCACUAUAG